AUGUCUUCUGUCACGGCUGAACAGUGGCUCGAAGCCGCCGCAUACCGUCGUACUGUUUACGGGCUAGCUGGAACCUCCAAGGUCUCGGACAAACGGGUCGAAGAGAUCGUCUCCAAACCUGUUCGCGUCUCGCUCGCUUUCGGGGCGAAACACAAGGAGCUCUGGAGCAUUAUCAUCAAGGUCGCGGAACCAGUCCUCACAUCCAUGAACCCCGAUCUCUGGGCACGAUUUGGCCCGAUACUCGAAGCUCAUAAGGCUGCCUAUGGAUCAGUACUCUUCUGGGAAUGUGGCGAGACCAUCAAGGAGUCGAGUGAGAAACACAAGCAUGUCGCGCAUAAGCUGGGCGAGUGGAGUGAUGUCUCUCAAGGCAUGCACCAGAUCCUUGUCUGGACAGCCCUGGGGCUCGAGGGAGUCGGCGCCAACCUGCAGCACACGAAUUCUAUUCCGCCCAUCGAGGCCGCUAUUAAGAAAUUUGCGGGUGUCCCUGAACAUUAUACAUUGAAGGCCCACCUGAACUACGGGGACAAACAGGCUGAUCACCCGGAGAAGCCUGCGAAACUGCCCAUGGGCGAGAUACUGAUGAUUCUCUGA